GCCAAACCCGUUAGUUAGGGAAUACUGCUUCCGGAAUUAAAGUUCGCGCUAAUCUAUGCAAGAUCGCAAGAUAUCGAUUAAACGGUGCAUUGUAAAUUUAACAUUUCCCUCGACCAAUCAAGUGUCGCACCCGUCUCAUCGGGAUUGGGAUGGUCACGGUUACAUUCAACCAAGAUCUGUCUCACUUCGACACCUAAGAGCCUCAACCCCGGGAAACCGUAAAAACGUAACCUGACCGCAUUUGACUUUUCCAUCCUCGUCGCUGUUGGGAAGGAGAGCAAUCGAAUAAUGCUGGCUGCCGGUCACCGAGCCGCGCAGGUGUGUCUGCGAUCGGCACGACUCCCUCUCCCCUCGAGAUUCAUCCACCCAAAUCCCACGAUACGAAUCUCCCGCAGCUCCCCAGUCCUCUCACAGCUCAGACUAUUCACACAAACACGCCAUCUCUCAACCGACCAAUCCACCAACCAAUCCCGAACCCCCGACGCGAUCCUCUCCCCCGAAACAACCAGCCCCCGCCCCCCUCGCCGCCGCCGCUGGCGCUCAAGCCUAAUCUUCCUAAUCCUCGGGAUCUCCCUCGGCACCGCCCUGCGCUUCACCCUCUCCCCACCAACCCCGCCCGCUCCAGGCUCCGACGAAGACGAAUACCUAACCACGCAAAUCCGCACGCAAGGCGCCUCCCUCGCACUCGUACAAUCCCUCUCCCAAGACCCAAACUACAUAUCCUGGGACGCCUACUCCGGGUUCUCCUCGCCUCCAACCCACACCUCCAAACCCAACCACACAACCGUCGUGCAAUCGCGAAUAACCAGCGGUCCGCUCUCCGGCUCCCGCGGACUCCCCUUCCAACGAAUCUUCCACAACCCCUCUUCAGGCGAAAUAAUCUCAAUCCUGUACUUCGGCUCCGGAACCAGCGGAUGGCCGGGCGUAGUCCACGGCGGUGCUCUCGCAACGCUGCUCGACGAAUCUCUAGGUCGGUGCGCGAUUCUCCAGUUCCCGUCGCGCACGGGCGUGACCGCGCGCUUGGAGCUGCAGUACCGCCAGCCGACGCUGACGUCGGGGUUCUACGUGAUCCGGGCGCGGCCGAUGGCGGACGAGCGGGACGGGCCCGAGAAGCGGGAGCGGAAGAUGUGGGUCGAGGGCACGUUGGAGACCAUGAGUGGGAAGACUUGUGUCGAGGCUAAGGCGCUGUUUGUUGUGCCCAAGGGGGUUACGCUGAAGCCGCUUGUGGAGGGGUUUUAGGGGGUGGGAUGCUAGGGUUUUAUGGGAUGAGAUGGAGUGAGGAUGGGACUUGUGUAUAAGACAGAUCUGGCAUUAUCGCAUGGACAGGCGUUACGGCGCCGACGGCGAAUGUAAAAAAGGAUACCAAGUAAAAUACAGAGCAAUAGGUCAUAUUCUCGUGGUCUACCUAAACAUACGACAGCUAUGGUGAUAGUGACAGCAAACAAUAAGCGAGAUUCGUUAAGAUGCCGAUACCGCCAUCAUUCUCACAAACCAGCCAUCUAUUCUAGUAUAACGAUACGGGUGAAGAGACUGG